AUGUUUGCUCUAUCUGGUUCCGAGACUGCUGUCGAGGAUAGACUAAUCAUAAGUAUGUGCUUUAUUAAUAGUACACCUUUAAUUUCUAUUAUUGAUAUUGGCGUGACACAUUCUUUCAUUUCUUUGGAUUGCGUUAAGAGAUUAAAUCUUAUGUUGUCUGAUAUGCGUGGAAGUAUGGUCAUUGAUACUCCUGCUAUGGAUUCAGUGACUACUUCAUAUGUGUGUUUGAAUUGUUCGUUGAGUAUUUUUUGUAGAGACCUUGGGAUUGAUUUAGUGUGUCUUACCUUAGAUCAACAUGAUGUUAUUCUUGGGAUAAACUUUUUGGAAUAUAACUAUGUUUAUAUCAACUAUUUUGAUAAGACGGGUAUAUUUCUUGAAACCGAUAUUGAGAGAGAUUUGUUUAUGUCUUCCAAGCAAAGGAACGAGUCUGUGAAGGAUGUUGUUGUGUUGUUGGCUUUGAUGGCAACAAUGGAUAUCUUUAACAAGAUAGAGAUGGGUGAUUUACCAAUGGUUCGUGAUUUUCCAGAGGUGUUUCCUAAAGAUGUUAGUGGUUUACCGCCAGAGCAUGAAAUGGAGUUUAUGAUCGAAUUAGUUCCUAGAACUAGUCCGAUAUCGAUGGUUCCAUAUUGA